AUAUAUUCUUACCCACUUCCCCUUCCAAUUUCAAAUUAUCCCUAACCCAUAGCUUCAUCUUGUAAUCAUCUUUCUUCAUCUAAAGGUUUGUUAUGGAUAGAUUGAACUCGAAACUGUAUUUGCAGAACUGUUACAUAAUGAAGGAGAAUGAGAAGUUAAGGAAGAAGGCACAACUUCUUAAUCAAGAGAAUCAGGUUCUUCUUUCGGAGCUGAAACAGAGAAUCUCUAGACCUAAUAAUGGGCAAAAAGGGAAUGGUGGAGGCACAAAUGGGUUGCCGGAUCUUAACCUUUGUUCUUCAUCUAGCCCAAAUGGGAAGUAAUUUGAUUUAGGGCUAGCUAGGGACUAGUAUGGUUAUUAUUAUUAUUAUGAAGUUUAAUUUUCAUUUUGUGAAAAAGAAUCAAAAUAGGGCCAAGGAGAAGGAAGGAAGGAAGGAAUAGAUUAUCAUAAUCCCAUAUUCUACUAGUUGUCUUGUCAGUUGGAAAAAUAUAUAAUAUUAUGCUACUUAUUCUGAGCAUUCAUGUUUUGUCAUCAUUUAAAACAUGGCCUUGUUUGGAU